GUGUGGGAAUCUCAUGUGGCAUAUGGUAUAGUUUGAAUAUGUUUAAAUAAAAUGGUUAUUUUUAUUUCAUUUUCAGUUACUUUUCAUGACUAAAUCCUCUCCGAUGCUUUAUAGUCGCAAUUUGCAUCGAUUUCAGGAGACGUGGAGAAGCUUGAUUGACUUUUUCCUCCAAGUUCCUGUCGCUGUUAAUCCAGAGGAUGAUCCUUUGCAUCAUGUCUGCUCUCUCAGCGCUUCACAGCUCUGGCAGCACCAUGCCUCUGGCUUUCAGUCCGCUUCCUGGGGUCGGCUGCAGGAGAUCGGAUAUAUGGAGCUCCCCAUCAUAUUGCUGCGGGCGGCUUGUUUAAUAUUUUCUGCAGCAACAUUUGGCUCCCUCCUCGGAAGACCACGCCUCCUCCCUGCAGAUUCACAGGGUCCCCUGAUCCCUCCCCCUAACCGAGCCGACAGCCUAUAACCUCCCCGGGUUUCCGCCCAUUCCUCCACAGUUGAUUCUUUGGGAUGGCAUUGUCAUGCAAAUAAAGGACGCGUAAAAUAUUCCCUCAGAGCGCAGCGCAGGGCAGAAACUCACACGGACCGCGCGGAGGACACAGACCGGGCCACACGGUGGAUUUGUAUCGUUUUUCGUCGCUACGGACCCGUCCAUCUGUCACAGACACCCUGGCCACAUGAGCAGCGAGGGACGUGUAGCCAGGAACCAGGUUUAAGGAAAACCUGCGGAGGCUGCCCUGUGGAGAUAGUGGUCAUACUUCCAAUUUCCCCGAGUGAAGUCGGAGGUGUCUCGUCUCCAUCCCCUGCUAUAGGCUACCUGCUGCUGCUACAGAGGGGGGACUACACGUCUACAGACUCCUGGAUCGCUUCCCCUUAUGUUUUAGGGAUUUUAGGAUCUCUCAAAUAUUAACAUUUUUUUGCACACCAAGUGUGUUAUUUCCUCUCUUGUCCUUUUUGGGAUAUAUCCAGUGAUCUUUUUUCUCUUCUAGUACUUCAAAGUGCCUUAAUAACUGGUUAUAAUCCAGUGUAACUGUGGCAUUGUCACCAGACCAGAGACGCUCAACAGGGAGAAGACGAUUAUUAUCAGCUUUAGCGCCCAGGCAGGAUUACUGGUUCCCCACCCUCAGCGAGCUGCAACCAUGAGCCAGGCGGAUGUGUCGACUUGCUCCGCGCCGCAGAGGGUUUUCCAGGAGGCGGUGAAGAAGGGCAACACCAAGGAGCUGCACUCUUUGCUGCAGAACAUGACAAACUGCGAGUUCAACGUCAAUUCCUUCGGGCCAGAAGGACAGACGGCGCUGCACCAGUCUGUCAUAGACGGCAACCUGGAGCUGGUAAAACUGCUGGUGAAGUUUGGUGCAGAUAUCCGGCUGGCCAACAGGGAAGGGUGGAGCGCUUUACACAUCGCCGCCUUCGGGGGCCACCAAGACAUUGUGCUAUACCUCAUCACCAAGGCCAAGUACUCCUCUGGCGCCCGGUGAUCUGUCUCUGCUGUCAGGUAAAAAAAAAAAAAAAAAAAAAGUCAGAAAACAACAAGUGGAAAACUGCAACACACGGGAAAGCCAGGCUCUUGUCAAAGCGAAAAAACUGCCAUUAUCAUAGUUGUGCCAAAUUAAAUUUUUGAAAAACAGAAAAAAAUAGACCUGCACAGUAAUCUUCCCUCAGUGUAAACCAAACGGGGUCCUCUCUGCACUCCCGAGCUUCACACACAGCGCUUCAAUCUUUAACAACGCCAUCUCGGUGAGUUUGUUGGUACUAAAGCUUUCCUCUUGAAUGUGUAUACUAGAUCUCCACUAUAAAAGAAGCCAGUGUCUGUGUGUGUUUGGACUCCAGAGUGCAGAUGGCCCAGUUUUUUUAUUCUCUAUCCACGACCUCCCAUCCCCAGUUGAAUAGUUUCUUUGUGGAGGGGGGCUGUUGCACUGCAAAACCUGACAUGUUGACUUUAAUUUAAAGAAUUUAGGAAACCGAUUGCCAUGAAAAAUGUAAGUAAAUAUAACUAUUCAUCUUAUUUUGUGCUUAUUUUAUAUCUAUUUGUUAAGUUCAAUCAAAAUGUAUUUAAACUUACUUAUUCUGUUAAGUUGUGACUUGAAAUGAUAAGCUUAAUUAAAUUGAUUUUUGCACGUUUUAGCAACUUCAGUAUACCAAGUUUUCUGUGCUUAACUUCUAUAUUCUGCUCGAUGCAAACUAGUCAUGUUUGUAUAUUCGUAAAAAUGGUAACAAAGCAGAAUUGGCAGAUCUCCUAAUUUCAUCAUCCUCUUUGAGAUGAUCAAGUUAAGUCAGACCAACUUGGUUCACUGAAGCUGCUAACACUUAGAAACAACUAGGUAAUUGAAGUUGCCAUGUUUAAGUUGCUACAACUUCACAAAAUUAAGUACACACCACAAAAUAUUAAGUAAACCUUAACAAUUAGAUAUGAAAAAAUAAACACAAAUGAAGAUAGUUAUAUUAACCUUUUCAAGUUUAUUUUAAGUAAGAUCAACAUGUCAGAUUUCUACAGUGUGCUCCUCAUUGUUCACUUGUAAAACCCUUUUAAGUUAUUUUAUAUGAAAUACGGCACUUGAUGGCUGCAUGCUGGAAUAUCUGAAAGGGAAGACACAUGAACAAGAGAAGAAGGGUUGCCCUCUGUUGGCUACCAGAGGUCUGUUUUCUUUAUGAUUUUUUUUUACUCAAAGAGCGGCAUUAUGGCUAUCCAACACGCUUUCAGAUGUGUAAUCAUUAUGUAGCAACAAGUGGCUCCAUCAUUGUUGUGAAGUACUGUACACAAUAGCUUUACUUUUUGUUUUUUAAAGAGAGCUGCUCUCCAUGCAGAUCUUGCCAAUGCUGGCGUCCAACUUUUUUCAGGCCAGUUUGAGACCACUUUGCCGAUGGUCAUUGUGUUAUUAUUAAGAAAAAAACCGCUGCUUUCGCUUUGUAUCAAAAAAAUUUGGAAUUCACUUUAUAAUCUCCUUUCAGUAUUUUAUUAACAUCCUAGUCAUCACUGUGAAAGCAGGCUGGGUUUUUUUUUAUUUAUGAAGGUACAUUGAGAAGAUUUUGAAUAUGUUGUGGUUCUUCUUAAAAUAAAAUCUAUAUAAGUAGGGUGACUCAAGCUGCUUCAGACUCGUAGUAUAAUCUGUCCCGUGUGGAGGUAGACCUGCCACUCCCCCCCUCAUCUACCCAGAAACCCCUCUGUUAAAGCCCUCAAGAGGACCCCCCCCCUCCCCCCAUCACCCUCCUUUCCCAUUAAAAGGACUUUGUUUGGUUGCCUUUUGCCAGCUACCUCGACUAUAAAGUAUUCUCAAGUCUCUCACCACUCUGCCACGUUGUUUAGAGGAGAUUCACACUUUGUGAUCGCCUGCAUGCCAGUAUGUUUUAUUUUGUAGCCUAACAAGACAGAUGGACUUCAGAAGAUGCAAUGCAUCCUCAGUCGGGACAGUUUAUUUUACACUACAACCAAACCUGUCAAGCAAUGCAUCGUUUUUCUGCAAGGGAGUCUGUGGUUCUCUCUCACACACACUGCCAUUGUUUCCCUAUAAAUCUUUUUCUCUCUCUGUCUUCAUCUUUGUUUCCAGUCAUACAAAAACAAAAGGAAUUGCAUCGCAUGACUUUUAAUGCAGGGAGUUUUAUUGCACAAAAAUGCGGAGCCUUGUGCGCCCCCAGUGUUUGUACGGGGUAACUGCAGGAGCCAAGGCUUUGGAAUAGUUACUACUACUGAGCAGGACCCUAAUACUGUUGGACGAUGAAGACUUUUAACAACACAUGACUAUUUCAGGAUGUCACAGAAAAAAAAGGAAAAAUUGGUUUCAUAAACUUGCCUGCUGCAUUUUGAAAGUCAUGGCACCCUAACAUUUGUAUCAAUGCUGCUUGUAUGUUUCUUUUUUUGUUGUUAAUGUUGUUUUUUUUUCUUUUUAAGCCUACUGCUCAAACAGUUGUAUAGAGGCGUCACAGGUUCACCUCACGAGAAGCUGCUGAAAGAAAGAGAGUGUGCUUUUUUUUUAAAGUGUGUUUGUGUGAUUGUGUGCUUCUCAUGAGGGGCCCCUGUGUUGCUGUUUUUUAAGAUCUUCCCAUUUGAAAACCUGGAACAAUUACAAGAAGCGAUAGAUUCAGUACAUCAAGAUUGGUAUCAGGCCACAAAUUAAAUAUGCAUCGCUUGUCUUAAACUUGAUGUUUUAUUUCUCUUUUUUUUUCUUUUUUUUUUUUUUUGAAUAUUGCACUGAUGACUGUUGUUGAAAAGUUGGCUUUUAUGUGUCAACAUUUUAUUUUUUUUUCUGAAUAGAAAAAAACAAACACAGCAAAAUACUAUUGUAUAAAUAUAUGCUCCAGGUGAUGUCCUAAUGUGUGUGUUACUUUGUGGAAAAAACAUGAUGUUUUUUUUAACAAAGAUGCGUGUAUCUCUGUGAUUGGGUGUAUGUAUAUAUACAUAUGGAUAUAUAUAUCGACGCUGAUGAUGAUGAUGAUAUCUUGGGGCACUUUCUUUUCUGAAGUGCUGUCUUCCUGUUUUUAUUGAAAGGGGAAUAAUACAUUUGAUGGUAAGAUCAUUGUAACAUGAUUAAAAAAAUUGCACGGUUGUGUGGUUGUUUGGCUUACCAGGGUCAUAACAUUUAUGAUGUAAGGAGCCAGCCGCCGGAUUGGUGUACAUGAGUGAGAUGAUUUUUUUUUUUUUAAUUAAAAAGAGAAAAAAAGUGCCGACUUCUUUGGACCAAGUUGUGUUUCUGGUCUUGCUUCAUUUCAAGCAAGAGGAAACAGUGAUGCAGAUGUUCCAUCAUGUUUGAUUUUGUUUGUAUUCUUUUAUUUUUUGAACGUUUGUAACACUGUGAUGAUGACGUGACGUCAUGUGGAGAUGAGUGCUGUAUUAUUUUUGUACGUUUGUGUACAAGCCAGUAAAGAAAUCAUUAAACUCAAA